AUGGCUUGUUAUUCUCUCUUUUCUGGCUCAAAGAACUCACCCAGACGCACAAUAAACGGCCACUUGACCACACAAGUCAACAACAACACACGCCACACUUUUGUUGGUCACCAGAAUGAUGAGCCUUCGCUUCGUCGCAUAGACCUGGGAUCCAGGAAAGAGACACUGGUUGUACCAGGCUUGGGUGGACCUGAAGUAGCUGGCCAUCGAAACGUCCCACCGUCUGAACCCGGCGCUCCGACUGUCUACCCGAUGAGUCGAUUCGGGGCCGGAGACAACGACGCACGGAAGGUGGAUCGUGUAAAUUGCCUGCAAGGUCAUUUUCGUGGACGGUACUCGGCAGAAGUGCAGUCUUCGUCACGAUGGCCAGGGAACCGAGGAAAGCGGGAGACGCCGGUCUCGAAUCAAGAGGCGUUGAAAGAUCGCGGCUCUGUCCAGUCGACAGAAAUGCUUCAGCAUCGAAAUCCCCGGUACACGCGACGUCUUGAACACAACCACAUAAAUGGCUCCAACCAAUCCGAAGGUCAGAGAGCCAACCACUUUUUACGGACCUCCAACAGGCAUUGCUUCACAGAAGAACAGCUCGGACUCACCACGACUUCGUUACCCCUUAAGCCCACAUUCUGCAGCCAGUCAAGUAAAACAGACAAACCUCAUGAACAAGUUGGCAAGGAAACUAGAGCUUCGGGCAAGUGUAGUCAAGCCGACAUUUUACGACUCUAUAUUACUGCAUACAAAGUUAUAUUACAUUAA